AUGAGCGAGUUUGCUGACCCUUGUGCGAAGGCUGGGGGUGUUCAUGAAGUUACCCUUGCGGUACUGGGUGCUCCAGCCGUCGGAAAGUCGACUUUUGUGCGUUCUUCAUUAGAUCUCAAAAAGGCGUCCACAUCACCCGUUUCCAGCAAAAAGGUAUCUCUGGAGGGUAAAAUAUCAGUUGUUAGACUGCUUGAGUUGGGCUUCGGAGAUGUGGAAAUCACGGCGAAUCAGAAUGUACUCUGGCCUACGAAAGUGGGAGACCAUAACACGCCGAUCAUUGAUGGAGUGUUGGCUCUGUACAAUGUCAUGGACCAGGGUAGUAUAUUUCACAUCCCAGCAUUACUAAAAGCGUUGUCCAAAGACGGUAUUCCCACGGUACUCGUAUCUGCCAAGUCCGAUAGUCCACGCGGAUCCUGGGAGGUGGAUCAUGACAUGGUACAGGAGCUUUGCAGUCCUGGCACGGGGAUCGAGUCUUUUCCGGUCUCCUUAUCUGCACCUGAGACACACAAAAGAUGCAUCUCUAUCAUUUUGCGUAAUAUCAUGUUGAAAAGGCGCGUCGCACUAUUGUCACCAUCACCCAGGACCACCACGACCAUCGACUCUCAGGCCGGAUCCUCGAGAAGAGCAACAAGUACUGGCAGAGACUCAGAAGUAUUUCCUCGUAGCGACCGGUCACGCGACUCACGAAAGUCCUCAGACAGCGGUGAUGAACUUGUGUCGCCUAUUAGGGGCAUGGAAGAUCUAGAUCCAGGAGAUCUUCCUCCAAAUCAUUUCGAUGUACCAAUCAAGGGUCAGGCUUCGGAUACAUCAAACAUUAUUUCGGAUCCCCUCCAAGGUAGCCGCGGCGUCCAAGGAAGCAGCGUAGCAGCUAAAGAUCUCCUCAGCGCUCAGAACAGCAAAUAUGCAGAGACGGAAGAUGACGACGCCAAGGAGCUAGGGGUCACUUUCGAAGAUUUAGUGGAUAGGCUUUUGGCACAGCCUAUGUCGAAAUCAGAUUCGAAAUUUGCAGCCAUCUUCUUGUGUUUAUAUCGGAAGUUCGCUCCGCCUUCUUCAUUGAUCAAGGCCAUUGUCCAUCGCUUCGAGGGUUUGAAUGACCGGGACCUUCCCCAUCUAAACCGAAAGACUUCGCAGCUGAGGUAUCUCAACAUUCUUAGGGAUUGGGCCUCGGAUUACCCCGGUGACUUUGCUCACCCUCUGACCCGUCGGCUGGUUACAAUUUUUGUGCAGGGUUUGGCGGCGUUUCCAGAGUACGCCAUCCCUAACAAAGAGAUAAGCCCACAUUUGGAUGUGGUUGCAGAUGAUGAUGACACCCAAUGGGCAUGCUCUGACAAAAGUAGAAGUCGUGCAAACACGACGGAAAGCUUUCUGACCAUGUCUUCUGUUCAAAGCGCGGCCUCGACGCUCAACGCAGACUCUCCCACGCUUACAGCAGACUCGUCUACGGAAGACGUCGUCGAACACAUAGGACCAGAGAAAGCUCAGCCUGCUAGGAUCUCAGGGCCACCAUCAUUCGUGCCUAGCAAUAGUAGAUCAGAAAGCCAAUCUAAUGGCUCGUUCCAGACACUCCUCAACACACUGGAAAAUGCCCAGCGCCAAGCACAGCUCCUGACUCCAAUACCUCGGAAUUCGCUCACAAAGGUCCAGUGGCAUCAAUUCAUGGAAAUUCCGGAAGAGAAAAUUGCCCGAGAACUCACACGUAUUGACUGGGUCAUGUAUUGUUCUAUCAGACCACGCGAUCUUAUAAGACACGUGAGUCUUGCGAUUGACCAAAAGGAGAAGUGCAAGAGCCUCGAGCACUUCAAUAGAAUGAUACACCAAUUCAAUCACGUCGCCUUCUGGGUCGCCAAUGUCAUACUUCUUCGCGACAAGCCGAAGCACAGAGCAAGAGCCCUGGAGAAGUUUAUGAGUAUAGCAUGGAAAUUGCGUUACCUGAAUAAUUACAAUUCUCUUGGAGCAGUGAUCUCUGGGAUAAAUAGCAUAGCGGUGCAUCGGUUAGCGCAGACCAGAGAGCUUAUCCCAGCACCGGCGCAGAAACAGUUUAUGCGCCUCGAAAUACUCAUGGGAUCCCAAAAGAGUCACUCUGCAUAUCGCUUAGCUUGGACCAAUACUCCAACUCAGCGCAUCCCAUUUCUCCCGCUUCAUCUACGAGAUCUUGUUCUUGCUGAGCAAGGCAACCGAACAUACGUCGUCGGUGCAGAAGGCGAGCGCAUCAAUUGGAAAAAGUUUGAGAUCAUGGGGGAGGUGAUCAUAGGCAUUCAGAAAAGUCAAGAGGUCUCAUAUCCAACGAUCAACAAGAAUGAAGAGGUGCAGCGGUUAGUCCUCGAUGGACGGUUUUGCGAGGAUGAAGAUGAACUUUAUGAGCGCAGCAUACAACUAGAGGGGCAAGGUCUCGGAGAAAGCACCAAGAAAAAAUUCAAUUGGUUCCAACGGUGA